CCCAUUUGGGUUGCUUUGUUUUUGAUUCUCUGAAACGAUAAUGAGAGCAACCAUCAGGAAAGGAUUCACUUCUCUUAGAGAUAGAAGAACCCAACCUUGCAAGGAAGGGAGAGUGAAGAGGAAACGAUGUUUCUCCCAAGAAGAGGAGGAUAAGGUCUUGAUUCUUCAGAAGAAGAAGAUCAAGACGACGACGCCGCUUGAUGAUUCUCCUAAGAACUCUGAUUUUUUCGAUGGCUUGCCUGAUGAUCUUAUCGCUUGCAUCCUCUGCAAACUUAGUUCCACCGCUACUUGCCCUUCUGAUUUCAUCAACGUUCUCAUAACAUGCAAGAGACUUAACGGUUUGGCUCUUCAUCCUCUGGUGUUAUCGAAAGCCUCACCCAAAGCUUUUGCAAUAAAGACGAAGAACUGGUCCGAUUCCGCUCAUCGCUUCUUGAAGCAAUGCGCUGAUGCAGGGAACGUUGAAGCUUGUUAUACUCUUGGCAUGAUCCGAUUUUACUGUUUGCAGAGCAGAGGGAGCGGAGCUGCACUAAUGGCGAAAGCAGCAAUAAACUCUCACGCAUCGGCGCUCUACUCGCUCGCAGUGAUUCAGUUCAACGGAAGUGGUGGUUCAAAGACCGACAAGGACUUAAGGGCAGGGGUAGCUCUAUGCGCCAGAGCCGCCUUCCUCGGCCAUAUCGAUGCCCUAAGGGAGCUCGGCCACUGCCUUCAAGACGGUUACGGCGUCCGCCAAAACAUAUCCGAAGGACGCCGAUUCCUAGUCCAGGCCAACGCCCGUGAACUCGCUUCUGUCCUCUGUUCCUCCACUUCGCGGCCGUUGCUAACGUGGCAUCCUCACCACCAUCGCCCCGUGAUGGACGGUGGUAGUUCCACGGGGUGUCCGUUGUUGAGCGACUUCGGAUGCAACGUGCCGGCACCGGAGGCGCACCCAGCGAAUCGGUUUCUGGUGGAGUGGUUUGGACUGCGAGGGGGUGUGUCUGGGAAUGGGCUGAGGCUUUGCUCCCACACCGGAUGCGGCCGGCCCGAGACGAGACGACACGAGUUUCGUCGUUGUUCCGUAUGUGGAGCCGUUAACUACUGCUCUCGUGCGUGCCAGGCGCUCGAUUGGAAGUUGCGCCACAAGUUGGAGUGCGGCCCCAUGGAGCGGUGGCUCGCGGUGGACGGCGACGUUGACGGUGUCGCCGCUGGAGGAGGAGACGACGACCACCCCCUUGUCCAGAGUUAAGGAGACAAAUUAGUUUUUUUUUUUUUUUUUUUUAAAUAUUUAUUAGGGUAGUUCGGAGGAUUUGUCUUUGUUUUGUAUAUGAGAAGAGAGGAAUGUACUAUUUUUUUUCCUGAACCAUAUAGACUAUAGAUCAAUUUCAAUUCUUAAAAAAAAAAAAAAAAAACUCUUAAAUUUUUUUCA